AAUAAAUAUGAUGAUAAUCUCCAAAUAUUAUAAUUUAUAAUAUAAAUUAAGAUAAGCACAAAUAAAUAAUUAAUGAGAUUUUAAAUUUAAUGUUCAAAAAAUUUUAAAAUUUAUUUAUUUUUAAUUAUGUGUAGCAUCAACGAUGGAGGUGCCGAAGGUUUUGAAGAGAAUAAAUCAAAUGAACCGUAAGAAUUGCCCUAAAAUAAUAUUUAGACAUUCUAUGUAAACAAUGAAUUACAUUGAUUUAUUCUAGUUUUGAAUUAUUUUGGAUUUAAAUUAAUAAUUUUUAAAUCAAAUAAAUUGUAUAUUCAAAUUAAAAAGUACAAAAUCACUAAUCAUUGAAGUUUGUACAAUUGAAUAUUUUUUUUAUUGGAUAACAGUAUAUUUUACAAAUUUAAUAAGUUAAACUACCUAAUUUAAUUUAAUUGAUACUUCAAAUCCUUUUAUAUAUUAAAUAAAAACUUUUACUUUUUGCAGAUUAGAAUUAAAAUGCCGUAAAUGUUUGGUCAAAUUUGGAGAUGUUGUUUUACGUCAAAAAGAUGUAUAUUGCAAGUGAGUUGAAAUUUAUCAUUUCAUUAAAGAUCAACAAAAAUAAUCCAAAAGAAUAUAAUUUGUGUAUUUCAGAUCAUGUUUUGUGCCUAUGGUUACACAUAAAUUUCGUGCAACGCUUGGCAAAUCAAAAUUGGUCAACAGAGGUGAACGAGUUCUGGUAUGUGUAAGCGGUUCUCAAUGUUCAGUUGCUUUAUUGCAUUUGGUAUGGACAGGCCUGCAGCAAAGCACUUUCAAGAAAUUGACUUUUGAUCCUGUAAUAUUAUAUAUUGAUGGUAAUAUUUGAAAUUCUUUACCUAAUAAAUAAUUUCAUUUUUUUUUUUUAUUGUAAUACUUUAGAAAGUGAUUUAUUCGAUUAUCCCCAAAAUCAACGAAAUAAAAUUCAGAAAGUUUUCAACAACUAUGGUUUAAAUUACAAUAUAGUAUCAUUAGCAGCAGCACUUUAUUCUGAUAAUUGUUUGGACCAACACAGUGCUGUUGAUUCACAUAAAGAUAAACUACAAAAUAUUUUUAAAAAUAUAUCAGACCUUACAUUAAAAGAAGACAUGUUAAUGAAACUUCGGUAAUUUACAUUUAUAAUAUUUAUAAUACAAGUUUUGUGUUAAUAAUGUUUAUAUAUUUAAGGAAGCAUGCGAUAACAAAAUUAGCCAAAUUACUGAAAUGUACACGAAUAUUAACAGCAGAAAAUGAACAUAAAUUAUCUAUUAGACUACUUUCUAAUGUCGCCCUAGGACGUGGAUCCCAAAUUUUAUUGGAUAUAGUAAGAAAGCAUAUUAUACACUGAUAUUUUCUUGAAUUUGUACAAAGCAUUUUAUUGAUAACUAUGUACUAUUAGAACCAAUUUGAUGAUUAUAUUUAAGAUAUACUUUCUAACAAUUAAUAAUUGAAACAAAUUAUGUAACCAUUUUUCAUUUUUAUUUCAUACUCAAAUUAGUAUAUAAUUAAAAUAAUUUACAAAACAUUCUUAAAAUAUAAUUAACCUAUAUUUUAGUUUGAUAAAAAAAAUCAAAAAAGUUUCACUAUUAUUAUUAUUAUUAUUAUAAAUUAGCGUUAUGCAUAUAAUUUAGUACUUAAUAAUAUUUAUAACUCUUUAAUCAUUGAAAAAGCUUCUUGGUUUUCAUAAUUACUGGUUUAUAAAUUAUUAACUUUGUACAUGUUUUAGAAACGGUUUUAAAUAUUUGCCAUCCAAAAUAACUAAACAUAAAAUUGAAUCAAUUUAUAGGGACUUGUUGUUAAUGAUAAAAAUAAUGUCAAAACAUCUUUAGUAACCAUAAGACCGUUAAGAGAUUUGUCAGCAAAAGAAAUUUCAUAUUAUGUUUUGUUCAACAAGUUAGAAGAUUUUGUACGCUCAAAUUUCUUAACAGCUGUACGUAACAUACUUGUACCUUCUCUUUUCAAUUUAUAAUUAAGCAUAAACAAUAAUUGUUUAAUUCAGACUAGUGAAGAUGAUUCAAUACAAAAAACCACUGAACAAUUUGUCAAUAAUUUACAAGUUGAGUUUCCAUCUACUGUAUCGACAAUAUUUAGAACUGGAGAAAAAAUAUCACAAAAAACAUUAACGAAAGCAUAUUGUUUAUUAUGUCAAGUAUAUGAUUAUAGUUCAAUGUUAAUCAUUAUCAUUAUAUCGUCAUAAAUUAAUAAUUAAUUUUCAUAGGGCAUAAUGGAUGUUGACGUGCCGCCUUCUUCAGCAAUGGAAGCUACCAAGUAUUCAAAAUAUGUUUCAUUAAUGGGUAUUAAAGCUUUAAAACUUAGUUUAAAUGAUACUAAUGAUAAAGAAUGUAAUGAAAACAAAUGUUCAAGUUGCAAUUGUAAAAAUAAACAAAUUUCUAAAGAAGAGUUUAUGGAAAGCUUAUGUUAUGCAUGCAAGCAUAUAAUUCAAGAUACUGUAAGAUAUUAGAUAAUUUAUUAUUUAAAUAUAAAUCUAAUUUAAGGCCCAAGCUCAUUUUUUUUUCAAAAUGUGUUCUUGCUUAUACAUUAAGAAUCUAAAAAAAAAGUCAAUUUGAACUUCGUUUGGAAGUUAUGAGAGAAAACUUCAUAAAGAUUGAGUUUUGUGUUUCACAUAUUUCAUUGUGAAAAUUUUUUUUUUCUCUAAAUGUGUUUUUUAAUGCAUAAUCCAUUUAUGUAAUUAAAUCAUACUUAUCAUACCUACUUUUGAAGUUAUUGUACACAAACCUUGAAAAAUAACAUUUUUUGGAAUUAAUCCAAAAUUUGGUCGAAAGUAGACAUUUUUUUUAAUUAUUAUGAUUUGUCUUUAUUGAUAUUUUGAUUACAUUUUUUUUUAUUGAAAUCUGAAUAAAUCUGUCUGGCUUAGUUUUUCCAACGUGGUUUUGUACAACAAAUAGUUAUUUUUGAUUAAAACAAUCCAAACAAGCGACGAUGACAUAAAAUAACUUCAAAAGUAAUUAUGCUACGUAAAUUUUAAUUAUACCAAUGCAUUGAGCAUUAAAAAAAAAAUUUAAAAACGAACUUGGGUCCUAAACUAAAUUUGUUCGACAUUAUUCAUUUUGUUAUAUUAAAUAUACUUGGUAUUGAAAUAAAAUUUAUUUCAGGAUUCCCUUGAUGAUUUACCUAGUGAAAUAUUAAUGCUACACAGAGAAAAUCUACAAUUUAAAAAAAUGGAAGAACAAAUAAAAGACUUUUUGCUGUAAUUAUUAAUUAUGUUUAUAUUAAUUAAUUAAUCAUGAUAUUUUUGUUUAUAUAUUCUUAAUAGUCUACAAAAUGUUCAAGAUGUUAAAAAAAUUCCUUCUUUCCUUGUAAUGCAAAUACACAUACAAAAAGAUUUGAAUCAAUUGGACAAAAAAAGAUAGCAAGAUGUAAAUAACAAAGAAAUCUGUAAUAGCAUACUUGAGGCAACAGGGCUUUUAAAAGAUAAAUAACACAUCAUUUCAUACAAAUGAAAACUCAUUUAUAUUUUUAUUUUAUUCAUUUUAAAAUUAAUUAAUAAUAUUUUAAUAUAAUAACACUAUUGGUUUUUAUAUGUAAUUCAAAUUAACAUUAUUAAAUUAAAUAUAAAAGAUAAAAUUCCAAGAAAAACUAUAAUGAAUAAAAACCAUGGUAUUAUCUUGCUCAAUUAGUUCAUUCCCUUGACAUAUUAUAAUAGUAUAUUAAAUUUGAAUGUGGCAAUUAUAAUAUUAUUAAGGUUUAAAAAUAUAGCUUAUCUUGCUUUAUUUCAGCUUUAAAAUGUAUACCAAGUUACGUUAAAACAAAAACUUUCUGGGGUAAAUUAAUCAAAAUUGUUUACUUAUAUAUGUUUUGUAAUUUCUUUUUGAUCUUAAAACAAAUAUAAUUUUAUAAAAAAAUGUAAAGAUGAAAACUAAAAUGUUUGUAUUGUUAUUCAAUUAUUAUUUCAUAGUAAUAAUUGUAUUCUAAAGUAAUUAUUACAUACGAUACAUCAAGUAUAUGAUUUUCUCAAUGAGGAAAAUAACAAAGGAAGCCUGCUAUUUUAUUACAGAAUAAAGUACACUUUAUUAAUCGCAGUGAAUCAAUUUGUGAUAUUAUCAAAAAAUAAACUGGAAUCAUAAUAGUAGCACAUUUAAUAUUUACAAUACAAUAAAUGACAAAAAAUGUUUACUUCAGUUAAUAAAUAUUAGUAUUGUAAGUGUGUAAAUAAAUAUUUAUCAUCAUUAAAUGUAUAAAAUCAUAAACAAACAAUUUAAAUAAGUAGAAACGUGCUGUUAUUCCUUCAAGUGUGCAAAAAACUCGUGAUUUACUGAGUCUUAGUCAAAAAAAUAUACACUAAAUAUCUAAAUUUAUAAAACUUAAAAAAAAUAAUUUAUAAUAAAAAAUAGAAUAGUAAAUACAAAAAGAAUCAUUAAAAAAAAAAAAACAGAUUAUUGAUAAACCACAUGGAAAAAUCCCUCUUUUUUUUACAACAUAAUUUUUUUUUGGUGAACUCUGUAUAGAUAUAAGUAUAGGUAUGUAUGUACAAAUAGGUAAAUAAAACAAUGAUUUUUAUUCUAUUUACGCUCUAAUAAUAUUCACAUCUGGCACCAAUGUACAAUUAGGCACUAUGUUGUGCUGAAUUUCAUUAAUAGUUUUACCCAAAUCAGAUAUUUUAUGAGUUGUUUUUGGUUCAAUGAGAGCUGUGGCAUUUUUAUUGAUUAGUUCUCUUACGCCCUUAAAUUGUUUUUUCACUUGUUCCAUACUUUGGUUAGCGUCAACGAUCACCACCUA